CGGCCCUUGUCGAGGCGUCUCUUACGAAAAGCCAACAGACAACGUACAUCAACAACACUGACUAACUUGGGCGUGCGCUGCUUGUUUGCUCAGGGAAGUGAUGACGGUCUCAGAGCGCAGAUCACCCAAGGACUCACCUUAUGGCGUUCCUUCCUCUCUGCUUCCUCCAGCAUCCCCUCUGAUCUCACCCAGUCCAUCUCCUCCGCCACCAUUAAGUGACUCCCCAGACCCGGCUUCGACCUCUGAUGCGCCGCUGCCGCCUCCUAUUUCGACACCGAUAGAGACAUUGGCCCCUGAGCCGGACGGAAAUACUCAAUUCGAUUUGCCGGCUGUGACCACGAAGCCAGCGCCAUCAUCAUCAUCAUCAUCAUCAUCAACCCCCCUUGGGCCUCUCUUUAUUUCAUCUUCGACCGUUGGUACCUCCCAGCCCCUAACAACGCCGCCUAAUAAGACCUUCACAACUCACAGGCUCCCCUUAUCAAGCCCAGUUAGCACAUCUCACUCCCCCUCAAUCUCCACCAGCACCGAGGGAUCCGAUAUCAUUGGUCUAGGAAGUAGCAACGACAACAACAAUAACUUCAACCUGGUCAAGAUUGCCGUGCCCUCGGUCGCUGGCGGGGUGGUCCUUUUUUUCGCCGUGUUUGCCGCCUGCUGGUGGCUGUUUGUGGCCCGGGUCAAGGCGAGGGCAGAGAAGGCGCGGCAACAGAGGGAGGCCAAGGGGAAGGGGAGAGAGGUUGUUGUUGUGCGGGGGCCCAUCAUGGAUGCUAACUACCACAUGAAUGGGGGGUUUGCUGAGCUGGGGGAGGGCAGUGGCACUCAAGGUCAGGUUCGUGGUGGUGGGUUGGGGGAGCAGCAGCACCAGCAAGAGCUGGGGUAUGCUCCGUAUGGAAUUGGGAGGUAUGAGGCGCAUGAGUUGAUGAGGUCUGGGGACAGUAGAGGCAGAAGGUGGGACGGAGAGGAGAAUUAUAGGUCGGUGACAGGGUUAGGUAUUCAGGGAGGGAAAAUGGCUCCUGCUCUCGCACCGGAGCUGCCGGCGAAUUAUGAGGGAGACCGAUAUUGGCAUGGAGUUUGAGGCUCCCCUACGUGCUUUACUUUAGGAGGCAGAGAGUGUAUUGAGCAGCGCGGCAGUAGCGUCCAUCGGCUGCUAUUACAUACUAUCAUACGAUGGGACCAUAGUAUGGAGUCAAAACUCGGUGUGCUCCCUGACAUCAGUACAAUGGGAUGCACCUUAAUUAAGACGCGAAGCUUUUCCUAUGCAUGCUGAUGUGCCCGCCCUGCUCGUGGA